AUGUCUUCGCGAUUUUUCCACGGCGGAGAUUCGGACAGCGAGAGCAGCUCCUCCGAGGAGGAAGAACUCUACACCCGCAGCGACGAAUCCGAAGAAUCAUCCGAAGAGGAAAGCGAGGAGGAGGAAUCCGAGGAGUCUGAGGAAGAGUCCUCCGAAGAUGAGGGUCGUGGAGGCGCCAGCCGUUUCUUGAAGCCUUCGGCAGGACUAGGUGGAGAUGAGACAGAUGAGAGCGAAGAUGAGGACCGAGAAAGAGUAGUCAAGAGUGCGAAGGACAAGAGACUGGAGGAGUUGGAAGGCACCAUCAAGUUGAUUGAAAAUGCCACCAAGAUCAAUGACUGGGCGGUCAUUUCUUCAGAAUUCGACAAGAUGAACCGGCAGGUGGCCAAGGUGACCCAGCAGGGCGGCACCCCCAAGAUUUACAUCAAGGCGAUUGCCGACCUGGAGGAUCUGAUCAACGAGACGAACGACAAGCAGAAGACUGGCGGCAAGAAGAUGAACCCCAUCAUCGCCAAAGGCUUCAAUGCUAUGAAGCAGAAGAUCCGCAAGAACAACAAGGACUACGUGACCGAAAUUGAGAAAUACCGCCAGGACAAGGAUGCGUUCAUGGAGUCUGACGAAGAAGAGGCCCCGGAGGUCGAACAGAAGACUCGCAAAAACAAGGAGCAACGGUUAGACGCACUUGAGGCGGCCAUCGAUGAAGAAGGCUUCGCGACCGUUGGCAGAGGCGGCAAGGCACUUGUCUACACACCGGAGAGUAUUCUAAAGCACCUGCGGGCCAUCAUUGAGUCCCGAGGAAAGAAGAACACCGACCGGUCGGAACAGAUUCGAGUCAUGGAACGACUCUUGGAAGUGGCCAAUACCCCAUACCAGCGCAUCCGAGUGCUGAUGGCACUCAUCGCCACUCGGUUCGAUCUUACCACAACCUCGGUACAGCACUACAUGACUCAAGAAUCCUGGCGAGCCGCGGAACGGGAACUGUCUGCCCUCUUACAGACGCUUGAAGAUGAGCCUGGAUACAUUGUCACGGAGAACGCAGAGGAAUGGGAGGAUGAUGAGAAAGGGCCCACCCCAACGCCUGGCGAGAUCUUCAAGGUCCCAGGCAGCAUCAUUUCUCUUGUGGAGAGGCUGGAUGAUGAAUUGACAAGAUCCCUUCAACAGACCGAUCCUCACACCGCCGAGUACAUUGAGAGACUGGGUGACGAACAACUAUUGUACACCGAUAUUGUGCGCGCGCUCAUCUACCUCGAGACGAUCAACAAGCUGGAACAGUCCGAAAACCAACAAGAGAACCUCAACAGAGCAGUCAUCCGACGGCUCGAACAUAUCUACUUUAAGCCGGUCCAGGUUGUGAAGAUCCUUGAGGAGAAGACAUGGGCAGCUCUGCCGUCGACACUCAACUCGGAACUUACCCCGCGAGGCCAAUACACCGAAGUGGCAUCCUUGGUGCAGAGCAUGUGUACCUACCUCUUUGAGCACAGCGAAGGCAUUAUUCGGGCCCGCGCCAUGCUUUGCGAGAUCUAUUUCCUUGCUCUCCAGGACAACUACUACCGAGCACGCGAUUUGGCACUGAUGAGCCAUCUGACCGAGAACAUUUCGUCGUUCGACGUCAGCACCCAGAUCUUGUUCAACCGGACGCUCGUGCAGAUUGGCCUUUGCGCAUUCAGAGCUGGACUCUGCUACGAGGCUCAAGGAGUGUUGCAAGAGAUUUGCGGCUCUGGCCGGCAAAAGGAGCUCCUCGCCCAAGGUGUCAUCAUGCAGAGAUAUUCCACCGUGACUCCGGAACAGGAACGUCUUGAGCGGCAACGACAACUUCCGUUCCACAUGCACAUCAACCUUGAAUUGCUCGAGUGUGUCUACUUGACCUGCAGCAUGUUGCUCGAGAUUCCGCUCCUUGCUCAGACCGGGUCGUCUCCCGAUGUUCGAAAGAGAGUCAUCUCCAAGACCUUCCGUCGUAUGCUCGAGUACACGGAGCGACAAGUCUUCCAGGGCCCACCGGAGAACACUCGUGACCAUGUGAUGCAAGCGGCCAAGGCUCUUGCGCAGGGCGACUGGAAGAGAUGUCAGGAACUCAUCAGCAAGAUCGCCAUCUGGGACCUUUUGGGCAAUGACAAGGACAAGAUCAAAGCCAUGCUGGCGGAACAGAUUCAAGAAGAGGGUCUCCGUACAUAUUUGUUCACCUACGCCCCGUACUACGACACUCUUUCCAUCACCACCUUGUCCGGUCUUUUCGAUCUCGAGCCCAAGAAGAUUGCCGCCGUGGUGUCCAAGAUGAUCUCACACGAAGAGCUGGCCGCCGCCCUGGAUCAGGUCAACGAUGCCAUCGUCUUCCGCAAGGGCGUCGAACUCUCCCGUCUCCAAAGCCAAGUCCUGGCCAUCUCCGAGAAAGCCAUGGGUAUUCUUGAAUCCAAUGAAAAGGUUCUCGAGACUAGAACCGCAGGUAUGGCCAAUGCCUUCCAGCGUGACCAAGGUCAACGUGGAGGCCGUGGUGGUCGCCGUGGUCCCAACUUGCAAGGCCUUGCUCGUGGACAAGCCGGUCAGAGAAGACCUGGUGGCCAGAAUUUCAGUGGUGGUGCUCUUGGCGGGGCGAUGAAGGCAUGA